AUGGGGCCUUUGCUGAAGCUAUAUCGAGCAAGCGGACAAGGUCUGCAUGCGCGCAAUUUUUCGGACCCGCGCUUCGGCUCUGCACUCCUGUCGGAUCUGUCGGGCGACUUGCGCAUUGACAACUCCAACUUCCAGAUCGAUGACGACCAGUUGCGCUACUUUAAGGACAUGGUGAGAUCAGGGCAGCCCUUUGUCCUGUUGAUGCACAUCCCGAUCUUUUUCCCCGGCCUGGCAUGGGGGCCAGAGGAUGUCAUGGGUCACCCAAACUGGGGCACCGCCUCUGACCGCAACGCUGAAGUCGAACGCCGCCGAAAGUGGCCUACGCAAGCAAGCCCAAGCACUGCAACUUUCAUUGAGGCUGUAAAAUCCGCUGCGGAGACAAAGCAGCUCCUCGCGGUCCUGACGGGCCACACACACCGCAAUGCUGUCGUGCCGGUGCCCUGCAAGAGCCAGACCGGUCCGAGCAUCCAGAGAACCUGCACAACACAAGUGAGGCAGUUCACCACAAGGCCCAACUUUGCUGGCGGUGCGCGGCUCUUCCUCAUACGCUCGGGCUCCUCUCAUCACCCUUCCGCUGCACUUGCACCUGCUGGACGUCUUCGACUACCAGACCGGACGUACUCUAGCCUUGCCUGCGCACUUCUGUCUCUGGUGCUGCUUGGAGCAUACGUGGCGUGCGCCCGGCCACAAGCACCUGCAGAGGUGAGGGAGGUCCUGAUGUCUGAGCAGGGUAUGCCAGUGAGGCAGUGA